AUGCAACCCCCAGAACAAGGCGACGAUAUCGGCGCAGCACAUCCGAGAUAUCACUACAGCCCCGCAGACCUCCAGAUCCUGCACGAAAUCAUCUCCCUCGCGACCGUCUUCCCGGGUAAGAACUCCUUCCGCGCCGUCUACAGAGCCUACGAUGUCGUGCUCGCCGCCCGCCGCAUCAACCCCGCCUUCGACAGCGUCUACUUCCGCUUCAUCCUGCAGCUGCAGUCCGUCCCUGGCAAGAACAUCUACGACCGCUUUCUUGACCUUCUCUCUAGGCAAGGCAUCGACGGCCGCUUCCUGGAAACGCCGUCGGCGGCGGCGACAGCAGAGUUUACACGGCAGCGCUACGACACCGCGCGCCGCCGCCGCGACCGCUCCAGCCACGGGAACACCGACGUCUCGUCGGCCGACGAGUACCACCACCACCGCCAUACUGCGCGCAGGUCGUUCAAUGGCCUGGCCAGCUCGCCGACGCACGAGGCUACCGUAGCAGCUGAGCUGGCUGCGCGCACACGGAGGGAGGAGGUGAAUGCGCGCAGAGCCAGGAGCAGGGGCAGAAGACGGUCAAGGUCGCUACUGGGGGUUGCGGCGGCGGCGGAGGAGGAGGAAGAAGACAGGGGGGGCGAGGAGGGGGGGGAUCAGGAGGUGGAGGAGAUUCAACGGCCGAAGGUCCCGGAGGAUGCGGCGGAUGCGUUGUAUGCGCUGCGGAUGAAGGCGGUGCUGAGGAGUUUUUUUAAGCAUUGGCAUGCAGAGACAGUGAAGAGAGUGGAGCAAAAAUGGUUUGCGGUGGUCGAGCAGCGCGCCGAGCGGCGGUACAACACCCUCCUGGUGGCCAAGGCAUGGAGCAUCUGGAUCCAAAAGACAGCCACAAUCGUGCAGCGCACGCAGGAGGUGCGGCAGCGCAUCCUCGUGCGCAAGUAUUUCAAUGCCUGGCGCGCGCUGGUGAUUGAGAACGAGGCCAAGGUGCGGCUGUUCCAGCUGUCGAACGCGCUCUACAAAUGGCGGGCCGCGACCAAGCAGCGGCGGCAGAUGGCGCUGGUGGCCCAGCGCGUCUACCAGGAGAACCUCGUGCACCGCGCCUACUGGACGUGGUUCUUCCAGCUGUGCGGGAUACUGGGAAUGCGAAGGUACAAUAGGACGGUGGCGGAGCAGUGCUUUGACAGCUGGGUGGAGAGGACGGAGAGGGUCAUACAGAUGAACAGCAUGGCCGCGGCGUUCUACCGCCGCCACACGCUGCAGACGGUGUUUAAUCUGUGGUCAGAGAAGACACUGCACUGCCUCGACGCCGCCGACAUCGCCGCCGACCACCGCGAGUGGAAGCUGACCGAGAACGCCUUCGACACCUGGCGGCGGCGGGCCACAUUCGCACCCCUCACCGCCACCAUGACCGCCGCUGUCAACGCCCGCAUCGCCCACGAGCACUUAGCCCUCUGGCGCCACCGCACACACCAAUCCCUCACCGCCGCCGCCCACGCGCGCACCUCCCUCCUCUCCAAAACCCUCCGCACCUGGCGCCUCCGCCUGCGCAGCCAACUCCUCACCACCCGCACCCUCGACGCGCUCGAAUCCCGCACGCUCACAACAUGGAUCCUGCACACGCGCCAGCGCCAAUUCACAACAUGGCGCAACACAACCCUCGCCCAGCAAGCCCUCUCCCACUGGCUCACCCACCACCGCACCCUCACACAGCGCCUGUCCGCCGCCGCAACCGCCGUCGAGACAGCAGCCAACACCCGCCUCGCCCGCGACGUCCUCGACUUCCUCCACUCCCGGAUCGCAUUCCGCCGCCGCACAGAAGCAGACGCCGCCGCGCUCCGCGCGCACAGUCUCCUCAGCACAGCACUCGUCCGAUGGCGGCUCAAGGUGGACUUGGUGAGGAUGUAUAACGAGUGGGCAGACGACGCACUCUACUACUUCACCGCCCGCCGCGCUCUCAGAACAUGGAAGCGCGCAUUCCGCCAAUCCCGCCGCGACCGUCUCCGCGCCGCGUUCCACACCGUUUCUCGCCGCGCGAAGCGCUCCCUUGCGGCUGCGGCGCUCAGCACAUGGGCGGACCGCGCAGCACACCUACAAACACUGCACAGCGCUGCUGCCUCCUUCGCAGCUGAACACACGGCCGACACGGCUAGCACGGCGCUGGUGCACUGGCGGCAGCGCACAGCACACAUUACGACGCUCCACUCCACGGCCGAGCACCACCGUGAUAAGACACUCGCCGCACAUAUCCUAGCGCACUGGCACGCGCGGCUACAGCAUCUGGUGGGGCUGCACGAGCAUGCGGUUGUGCUGGCGGGGCACCGGGACGCGGCGCUGGCGGGGCGGCUGCUGGAGAGGUGGAUGGCGGAGGCGUUUCGCGUGCGGUUGAUGGUGCUGAAUGCGGAGCGGGUGCGGAGAAGGUGGGUGAAGGGGGUCGUGAGGGCGUGGAGGAAUAGGGCGCUGGAGAGGGUGUAUUUGAGGGAGGAGCGGAAGCGGCUGGUGGAGGUGGAGGAGGGGGAGGAGGGGACUGAAGGGGAGGAGGGGGUGGGAGGUGGUGGAGGGGGAGGAGGAAGAGGGGGGCUAGACGAUACCCUCGACGAUGCGUUCGGCGCGGCUUGGGUCCCGCCGCUACCACCACAGCCAUCACAGCCGCAGGUGCAGCAGGUGGAUCUGGGGCGGAGCAUCUUUGGCGGCAGUAUUAUACGUGGGCCGCCAUCAGUUCUAGGACGGAGCGUGUUGGGCCGGAGUGUGCUAGGACGGAGUCUGACCGGUAGUGGCCGUGGGACGACGACAACGACGCCGGCAGCGACGCCAGCGGGGUGGGGCGGGGGACGGGGCCGGUUGGGCCGGCUGAUGGUGACGCCGAUGGAGACGCCGAAGCGCGGUGGUGGCGGGCUGCUUAUAACGCCGAUGAGGGGUGGGGUGGGGGUGGGGGAGACGCCGGGGAGCCCGUUGUGGAGGUUUAGUGGGAGGUCGCGUGUUGGUGGAGGUGGGGGGGGUGGGGGAGGGGCAGGAGGAGGGGGGGGGUUUAUGGGUAUGCCGGCGAUGAGUGAGGAGUUUGAGUAG